GGUCGCUAAGCUUCUUGCGUGAUGCUGUCCACUUUUGUCGCCUCCUCGCUCAGCCUGUCGGCGCCGAUCGGCGUGAGCCGGGUCGCGCAGAGCCGCGUCGGCUGCACGCGCAUGUCGGACGACGAGCCGUGGAACUCCAACGCCCAGUCCUCCACCACGCUCGACAAGAGCACGCUCGAGGCUGCGUACGACGCGGCGAUGAAUGCGCCGGCGCCGGCCGCGGCGGGCGGCAAGCAGGACUUCCUGGAGGCGGAGCCGUACUGGGACCAGUCGACGAUCCCGGUCAACACGUACAAGAACAAGGCGCCCUUUGUCGGCAAGAUCGUCUCGACCAAGCGCAUCGUCGGCCCCGAGGCGACGGGAGAGACGUGCGACGUCGUCAUGUCGCACGGCGGCAAGAUGCCGUACUGGGAGGGCCAGUCGUACGGCGUCAUCCCGCCGGGCACCAACCCGAAGAACGGCAAGCCAAACUCGGUCCGCCUCUACUCGAUCGCCUCCUCGCGGUACGGCGACGACAUGACGGGCACGACGACGACCCUCUGCGUGCGGCGGGCAACCUACUGGUGCCCCGAGCUCAAGGCGGACGACCCCGCCAAGAAGGGCGUGUGCUCCAACUAUCUGUGCGACUCCAAGCCGGGCGACGACGUCAAGCUGACCGGCCCGUCGGGCAAGGUGAUGCUCAUCCCGGAGAAGGACCCGAACGUCGACCUCAUCAUGGUCGCCACCGGCACCGGCAUCGCGCCGUACCGCUCCUUCAUCCGCCGCCUCUUCGUCGAGGAGACGCCCUUCGGCGAGGCGUACACCAAGGGGAGCGGGCUCGCCUGGCUCUUCCUCGGCGUCGCCAACAGCGACGCGCUGCUGUACGACGACGAGUGGCAGUCCGUCCUCAAGGCGCACCCCAAGAACUUCCGGCUGGACUACGCCCUCUCGCGCGAGCAGAAGAACAAGGACGGCGGCAAGAUGUACAUCCAGGACAAGGUCGCGGAGUACUCGGACGAGAUCUUCACGCGGAUGGACAACGGCGCGCACAUGUACUUUUGCGGCCUCAAGGGCAUGAUGCCCGGCAUCACCGAGAUGCUCGAGGGCGUGUGCAAGGAGAAGGGGCUCAAGUGGGAGGACAAGCUGACGCAGUGGAAGAAGGCGGGGCAGUGGCACGUCGAGGUCUACUAGGCGGACGAGGCGACCCCCCUCACCCCCUGGACAGACCGCCGACCCCCGUACACUCUCGUCUCUCCGCCCCCUCUCCGCGCCUUUUCUCCUCCCCCCCCAUCUCCGACGGGAGAGCGUCUCGCAUUUGUGCGGCAGUUUAUCUCCGGGUCUCUGCGGGUGUGUGGUUGUGGGGCGACAGCGAGAGCGAUGAUGAUGUCUGUCGAAAAAUACGGAGAACGACGAAAAACCACCGGCGGGUCACCGGGGACCGGGGUCAGCGGCUCAGAGUUGCGAGCAGAGACGGCCCCUGACCGGUGGCGGCUGGCGCGGCGUCGGGGUGGGUCGUGCUAGUCACGGCUCACGGCGCGCGGGCAGUGGGGGCGGGCAGCCUGCAGUGGGGCGUGCUGCGGCACGUACCGGUACGACGUAGCGCAGAGCUCAGUGACUCUCCGCCCGCGGCGCCGGUGCGGCCCGUGCGGGCCCGCGGCAAGCCGCUGCCCGACACGCUGUGUGCGCUGGUCCGUGGUCGUCGAGCGGCUCGGCUGGCGUUCUCGCUAUCGAGAGCCUCUCUCUCUCCUAUAGGCCUCCUGCCCCGCCCGCCCUACUGGCUGCCGGGCUGCACCGACGCGAUCGGGACGAGUCGGACGAGGCGUGGCUCGUACAGCUCCUGGUUGCGCAUGUAGACGACGCCCCACAGCAUCUGGCUGAGCCACAGCUGGGAGUACUCGUUGGGCACGCAGCGCCGGACAGAGACGGGCGGCGGCGGAGGCAGCACGCCCGCGAGGGAGGUGGCGCGCAGCAUCCGCCGCACCUCGCGAGCACUGGCGGUGCCCGCCGCUCUCGCGCCCGCCGUCCGCGCCUUCGGCUCCACGGCGUCCAGAAACAAAAAGAUGGCCUGCAGCGGCAGCCGUGCCUUCCAGCCCUCUACCCACGCCGCCGUGGCCGCAAACGGCUCAGCAGCGGCUGCAUCGGCGUUGC